CAAAAACACACACCCCACAAUUCAACACUGGUUCUCAUGCAAAUGUCUUUUCAUCUCUUUUUCCUCCUUUCUCUACUCAUCACUCCCUUUUUCCCUUUUUCCUUUUCUUUCUUUUAUAACAAGUUCCCCCUCCGUCAUUCCGUCGGUCUUUUAGACUUCUUGUUGCCUUCCUUCUGCAGCAUUACCAUUACACAAACUUCUUUUUUUUUCUCCGAAAUGACAAGCCUACUCUUCGAAUCAAGUGGUAAGUUUAUGGGGCAGCAAAUAGACGCACAACUCAACAGCCUCAGUAUCAGACACAAUACCAUCAGAAAAUACCAUCCUUCUUUUGCCAAUCAACCUCUCGGGAACUAUAAUAGUCAUCUUUUCCCAUCAUCAUCAUCAUCAUCAUCAUCUUCUUCUUCUUCGCUUGCCAAAAACAGUAGUCAUUUUGCCUCAAGGCAACAUUCAGGAUCAUGGGUUGAGAUGAAGAGGGCAUCAUCACAGCAGGAACAAGUCAUGAUAGAUCUUGAUAUGCAGGAAGAAGCAGUAGCAUGGGAUCAAGUCUGGGAUGAGUCGAUUGCGCCUACAACUUACAACUCCAUAAAGCAGUACUCCACUCCAGACCAGAGAGCAGCAUUAUGGCCUUCCGGAGCUGAAACAGAUUCCCCGGAAUAUGGAGCCAUAUAUUACAACCCUCUUCAGUACCAUACUCCACCGCAACAACCAAUCCAUUCCGACCCUUCACAUCUUUUGUCACUGACUACAUCAACAGCGGAGGUUAUACCAUCGCAAGGUGUCAGAUCCACAUCAGCAUCAGACUUCAUACCAGCAUCUUCACUACCACUAGUACUACCACAGUCCCAACCCAUUCUGGAGUGUCAACCAAUUGAGCGUCCAGACCAAGGCUACAAUGAUGAUGUUUUUGAAGGUGAUAUCUUCAGGCAUGGAUGAGACGCUUGCCCAGGAGAAGCAGGAAGCAGAUGAACGAGCCAGGGAAAAGAAGAGCAGGAGAAGCAAAAAGAGGCUAUAGAGGAAGAGAGUCAGAAGGAUAGUCCAAUGAUGAAGCAGAGCGAAAAGCUAUACAUGAGUAGCGCUUCGGAGGUGAACGCAUUGAUACAUCAGUUGGACCGAACAGAGCCAGAACAAGGGUCAAAAAGCUCGAGUGCAAGUAUAGAUGUUUUAAUAAGACAACUUUUAGAUCAUAAAUAACUAAUAGACAAUGGCCGGUUUUGUAUUUAUCUAACAAGUCUAGCAUUAUAUUUG